ACAACGGAACAAAAUUAGAACACCCUGUCAUGUCCACGCUCAGCUUCACCGUGCUCUGGAGAGAGCCCGUGCUCGUCGGCCCAGGCUCGCCGAGGACACCGCGCGAGAAGAAGCGCCUCUCCGACGUCGACGACCAAGACGAGCUGCGGUCGCACAUCCGCGGCAUCUUCUUCUACCGCCGCGGCAGGCUCGCGCGCGACGACCCCGUGGACAUCAUCCGCCGAGCCUUGUCCGAGGCGCUGGUGCACUACUACCCACUCGCCGGACGGCUGCGCGAGGUGGGAAACCGGAAACUGGUCGUCGACUGCACCGUCCAAGGGGUGACGUUCGUCAAGGCGGACGCCGACGUGCGACUGGCGGAUCUCGAGGCCGACGUGCCCGGGCUGAUGCCGCCAUUCCCGUGGAUUGAGGAGCUCUGCUUCGAGGUGGACGGCUCCAGCGCUCUGCUCAACUGCCCCCUGGUGAUCAUUCAGGUGACGCGGCUCCUGUGCGGCGGCUUCGCCGUGUGGCAUAGCUUCAACCACACCAUGUGCGACGCCGCGGGGUUCAUCCAGUUCCUGAACGCCGUCGCCGAGCUCGCUCGAGGCCUUCCUGCGCCGACCGUCGCACCUGCCUGGUCUCGCGAGGUUCUUGACGCGCGAAGCCCCCCAACGCCUGCAUUCCCGCACCGCGAGUACGAUCCAGUGCCUCGGACGCAGACACCAACCGAGGAUGACAUUGUAAGGCGCGCCUUCGUGUUCGGCCCUUCGGAAGUCGCCGCGAUCGAGAAAGUCAUGCCGCCUCACCUCCGAGACAGGGCAACGAGCUUCGAGGUGCUCGCGGCGGUGCUGUGGCGCGCCCGCACGGCGGCGUUGAGGACGCUCUGGUCCGACGAGGAGGCACGGCUGGUGACCGUCGUCAGCGUGAGGAGGCACAGCACCGCCCUGCGCCUCCCCGCCGGCUACUACGGCUUCGCUUGCGCGUACGUCACCGUGGUGAUGGCCGCCGGCACGCUGCUCAGCUGCUCGUUGGCGGAGGUGGUGGAGCAGGUGCGGGAGGCCAAGGCGUCGGUCACCCCCGAGUAUAUGCGCUCCACGGCGGACCUUCUGGUGCUCCGUGGGCGGCCGCCUUUGGCCAGGGCAAAUAUGUUCCUUCUGUCUGACCUCCGGCACGUUGGGUUCCAACGUGUGGACUUCGGGUGGGGCGAGCCGGUGUACGGCGGGCCCUCUGGCAUCAAGUUCGGGAGCGCCUUCUUUGUGGCAGUCAAGAACAGCGACGGGGCGGAUGCGGUGGCAGUGCCGGUCGCACUGCCAACCAUGGCCAUGGAGAAGUUCGCGGCGGAGAUCCAGAGCUUGCUCAAAGAGAGUAUAGAUGUGACAUAUCUAAUAUGAUGUUCACUAUGUUUGUUUUUUUUGUCUCAAUUUCUUUUUAUUCCUUGUUGCUACGUUAUUUGUGGGAGAUUAGAUGUAACAUUUUUAGAAAACAUCUAUAUAUGAAUUAAACAAACUAUAGUAUUAAACAGCCCUAGAAAAUUCC